AUGGAAAAAUCCAAAAAUUUCCGCAUCGACGCGCUGCUGGCUGUCGACCCCCCCAAGGCGGCGGCGGGGCAGAGCGCGCCGCUGGCCCUGGUCACCUCGCUGAGCGGCAGCGGUAGCAGCAGCAGCGGGAGCGGCAGCCCUCCGUCCUCGUCCUCCUCUUCCUCGUCCUCUUCAUCCUCCUCCGAGCACCCCUCCGGCGGCCCCGCCGACUGCCUGCGCACCGACAGCCCCUCUCCGCCGCGCCUCCUGGCCGCGCACUGCGCCCUGGUGCCCAAGCCCGGCUUCCUGCCCGGGGCGGGCUCGGGCUCGCACCCGCACCACCCCGCCUCGGCGGCCGGCAUGGCCCUGGGACUGCACCCCGCGGCGCCCGGCGGGCCGGGCAUGCCGGCGCAGGCGGCCCUCUACGGGCACCCGGUGUACGGCUACUCGGCGCUGGGCGGGCAGCACCCGGCCCUCUCGUACCCCUACUCGCAGGUGCAGGGAGCGCACCCCUCCCACCCCGCCGCCGACCCCAUCAAGCUCAGCGCCGGCACCUUCCAGCUGGACCAGUGGCUGCGGGCCUCCACCGCGGGCAUGAUCCUGCCCAAGAUGCCCGACUUCAACUCCCAGGCGCAGUCCAACCUCCUGGGGAAGUGCCGCCGGCCCCGCACGGCCUUCACCAGCCAGCAGCUGCUGGAGCUGGAGCACCAGUUCAAGCUCAACAAGUACCUCUCCCGGCCCAAGCGCUUCGAGGUGGCCACGUCGCUCAUGCUGACCGAGACGCAGGUGAAGAUCUGGUUCCAGAACCGGCGCAUGAAGUGGAAGCGCAGCAAGAAGGCGAAGGAGCAGGCGGCGCAGGAGGCCGAGAAGCCCAAGGCGGGCGGCGGCGAGGACAAGGGCGAUGAGGAGAUGCUGCUGCCCGCCCCCGAGAAAAGCGCCGGCAGGAGGAUGCGGGAGCUGCCCGACAGCGAACCUGAGGACGAGGAAGACGAGGAGGAGGAAGAGGAGGCGGCGGCGGCCGGGAGAUGCUGCCCGUACCACUCCUCCGACUGCUCCGAGGCGGACGAGGAGGACACGCAGCCCCGGGGCCGGCACGGAGCCCCGGCGCAGCCCCAGUGA